AUUUUUUAAAAUUUUUAAAUUUGCCGCCGGUUAUGGCCACCAUACGUCCCGACGUCACAGGGACCGAAACACGGAAGCUGGAUGCCGGCAUCGGCCAGAGGAGAUGGCCGGGGACACAUCGCGGGAGCGAAGGACAAGGUAAGCACUGCAGGGACUCCCUGAGCAACGCCACAUGGUAAGCCCGAGUGUAGCUCGGGGUUACCGCUCUUGGUACUGAAAUUUAACCCCGAGCUACACUCGGGAAUACCACCAGGGAGGUAAAGAGUCACCUUGUCCUGCGCUCCCGCGAUGU